CCGGGGAGGGGGCACGGGCUGAAGGGAGGAGGCCCCGGGGGCGCAGACGUGGCGAGAGGGGUCCCCGCGGGGGCUGAGCCCUUGAGGCCGGGGCCGUUCCUGAGGGCACCGCGGCGCUGCAGCCCCGGCUCGUUGUCCCGUCGCGGGGUCCCGCUGAAGGUUCUUGGGGACGCGGGGCCUGGCGGCGAGGGUGCUCCGAGGAGCCCUGAGGGACCUGCGAGGGAUCGGAAGGGAGCGGGUCUGGCUCGGGGGGCGAUGCGGAACCUCCCGGGCUCCGAGGCUGUGCCGGCCCCGGCGUUUGCGGCGAAACGGGCGCUGAUAUUUCAGAGUUAAAACACCUCACGGGUUGUUUUUUUUCCGAGCCUGCCCCUUUAUGCAGCGACGUGGCCGUAUAAGGACCGUGCUGUGCUGCGGAGUCGAGGGAUGGCGGCUCAGCGCUCCCGCAGCCCCGUUAUAGCUCACUAAAUAUUGUUUUUAUUGCGAAGAGACUUGUAAUGAGGUUAUGAAACGAGCCUGUGUCACAGCUAAGUCCCACCCAUUGCUGUGCUGCUGAGAUAGGCCGCCCAUGGUUCCAUCCUGGGGGGGUGACUGAUCCCACAUCCAGCUGCUCCAGAGACACUCCCAGCAUCAGCUUUAGCUGCCAAGUCUGAUAACCUCCAAGUUUUCCAGACUUCUGACCGCUAGAAAAGGAAGAAAGGCUUUUUUUUUUUCUUCUUCUUUAUCCCAAGAAGCUCUGCCAAAGGGAUAUGUGUGUCUCUGGUAACUUCCUUUGAAUUCUGGCGUUUUCAGCCCUACCCAGAGGAGAUGGUGUGAGGUAACGUACUUGGGGCCAAGAUAUGGAAAACUGGGAUGUGGUGAAUUCUGUACAGGAAAUCUCUUCAUCUUCUACAGACUCUGAUGUCAGAAACACCCACAGCUCUGUCUGUAACUUGAACUGUAACAGAAGUCCUUCAUCCAAUCCCAAUGGAGUUUCUGGUUACUCAGGGAAAACCAGGUCCUCAUUAAAGCCUGGUUCUGUUGAGCUCUUUGCCUCCUUUAUGCAAGACAUCCAGGCCAUUGGAAAUGCUGACACGGACAUUGUGAAGAACUGUGAGACAAGGUGGCUACAGCUGCUGAGACUGGUAGAAAAACAAUGUCAGCAACAAAUAGUUGCCCAGCAAGAGCAGUUCCACCAUCAAAUCAAACUGAUUCAGGCUGAGAUCAGGCAGCUGGUGAAGUUUGGGAGCAGCAGUUGGGGAGCCGGCAGGAGCCGGGGUUUGCCUGCCACGCUUCCAGACGCUUUUCCACCACUAGCAAUUCCAAUGGGGAUGCGAUCUGAGCUCUUGGAGGAACACGAGAGCAUUGUCCAUCAGCUCAGGUCCAAUGAAGCAGAAAACCAGCCCAGUGCAUCCGACCUGCAGCAGGAAUGUUGCGGGAGCGACGCGUCCAUGAACAGCGGGUAUGGAACGCUCUCCACCUCCGAGCUGAACCCUGGCACGGCCAACAGCACCAGCAGGGCCACAGAUUCCAUGGAGAAAACUUCCCAAGGACACGGGGAUGGAGCAGGGUUGCAGAGUGAUGCAAUUGUAGCCAGUGUUCAAAAUAAAACAGAACUUUUACCAAAAAGAAUAGAGGAAAAUUGUUCACCGGGAAGGAACAAUAUUUUAGUUUUUCCUGCUGAAUUUGAGCAUAAAGUUGAUGAAGCUCCAUGUGGGAAGAAACCCAGUAAAUCUUUAACAUCGUGGGCACAAAAGUUGAAACAAAACCAACCAAAAAGGAUAACUGCAGAUGAAGUGUGUGUGAACUCUAUGCAAGAAAAUGAGAAAGUGAAGAAAUCACCACUUGAGAAUACAAACCUUACUGAUGCUGCUUUGCCACCUUACACUUUUUACCUCAACCAACCGAAGGAAAGUCCCAAUUCCUUGGUGUCUGAAGCUUCAGGACUUUCAUACUGGAAGUUAGAUGAAAAGGAGAUGUAUCACACUCUACCAGAGAAUUUCAGAAGUGAGUUUGCUGAUGUUUUCUCCACAAAAGUAUCACCAGAUCAGUUGUCUUCUGCUGAGGAAAGGAAGUUGUCAUCCCUGAAGGAUAUUUAUCAUAAAAGACAAAGGGAAAACAAGCAGAUGCCAGACCAGAAUGUUUUGCCUUCUUCCCAGUCAAGUCACCCACCAGAGAUCUUGACGUUGGACCCAACCCUGCACAUGAAACCAGGUCAGCAGAACCAGGGACGCUGUUUUUUCAAUAUUCCUGAAGAGAUUACUCCCUUUUCUCCAGACUCUAUGGCAGAGCCAGGAUUUUCAAGUCAUUGUGACACAGACUCUUUUUCACAGACAAGUCACUCUUCUCAGUUAGAUGAUUCUCCCAAACACCCUGCCAGGAGCAGAGCUGUGCACUUGGACUUCUGGAGAAAUCACCCGUUCCAAAGUGAAAACAAGAGCAGCUCCCCUUUUCCAAAGGCACACAGGGAUGCUGACCUUGAGAGUUCAGUCAGCACUGAGGAGGAAGAAACACUGACUUUAACUCCAUCCUCUGUUACUCAGUGUGCUGACAACACUUUGCCAGAUUACAGCCUUUCAGUAGCACCUGUUGAAGACCCUGUGGUAAUGUCACAGAUUAGGCAGAACCUGAGGGAGAAACACGCUCGACACAUCGCUGAUCUCCGAGCUUACUAUGACUCGGAGAUCCAGAGCUUAAAGCAGCAGCUGGAGGCAAGUCAGAGAAUUGCUUCUGCUGAGGACCUGAAGAAAAUCAAUCAAAGUCUUGCUGACAGGUGUGAGCAGUUGGAUGCAGCUCUGAACGAAGCCAGUGCUCGCAUAAAAGCCCUGGAAAAUAAGAAUAAUCUGCUGGAAAAGCAAGUGGCAGAGUGGAGGGAGCGUUUCCAGACCCUCAGCAGCACUUCCAAGGUUCUGCAGGAGCGGAUCGAGGAGAUGCGGACGACCCACAAGGAGAAGGACAACACCAUCAGCCGCCUGCAGUCCAGGCUCAAGGAGCUGGAGGAAGCUUUUGAGAAGGCCUACAAGUUAUCUGAUAAUAAAAACACGAGGCUAAAAGAAGAAAACAAAAUGUUUCAAAAUCUUUUAGGAGAAUACGAGUCCCUUGGAAAAGAACAUGAAAGAGUAAAGGAUACAUUAAAUACAACUGAAAACAAAUUGCUUGAUGCAAACAGGCAGAUUUCUGAUUUAAAAAGGACAAUUCUAAAACUUGAAGCUCAGCUCAAGCAGGUGGAACAUGAAAAUAUGUUGAAACUUCGCCACAUCACCGAGAACCGUUUGAGAACCUCUUGUGCCAACAAGUUGGGAACUCCUGAUGUAAGCAGGAGAAAGUGGCUGAUACCAGGAGCUGAAUAUUCCAUUUUCACUGGCCAGCCUUUGGAAGGUCAGGAAAGCCCCAAAGACAACAGAUUAGAAGAAAACUAUAUUCCUUCCAGGUAUCACUCUCCUCCUGAAAAAGAUUCUUCACAGGAAGACUCUUCAACAAACACAAUAGAAAAGAAAGAAAAUGAGAUGUCAGAAGCACCAAUUAUAAAAGCCUUUAAAGAACUUGAAGAAGGAAAAGUAUUUAAAGACUGGGGGACACAGACAGACAAAGAAGACGCACCAGCCAAAACAUCAAAUCGCCGUCAAACUGUUGGGUUUGUUGAAGCUUCUUUAGUUGCCACCCCAGAGAAAGGGAAGGACCAACACAGACCCAAAAGGUUCAGCUCUCCUUCAGGCCAGAGGUCAUCGUCCCUUCCUCCUUCCAACAGGAAACCCAACACUCCAACAAGAAGAGAGAUAAUGUUGGCACCGGUGUCUGUGACGUACAGCCCAAAACGAUCUCCAAAAGAAAACCUCUCCCCUGGAUUCAGCCAUUUGCUUGGCAGGAAUGAAAACACAGUGACAAGGUUUGAUAUACUUCUAGACGACCUGGAAACUGGUGCUACAUCUACUUUACAGCACAAUAACCCAAGGAAAAGGCUCCAGUUUCUCUCACUAGAUGAUGCAGAAGGAAGGCAGCAUUCAGGUGUCAGACACAGCUCUUGUGCUGAAUCCAUCAGCAGCGGGAUGAAGAAGGCGGCAGCUUGGGACGAGAGGAGCACAGCUCAAAAAUAUGAGCCAGCGGCGUCGCCUGGGGAGGAGGACUUCAAAUACACAGCAAGGAUCACGACUCUGGCUGAAACAGAGAGGCUUUUUGAUGAGCUGACUCAAGAAAAGCAACAGAUUGAGGCUGCACUGAGUCGAAUACCUUGUUCUGGUGGAAGAAUGACCUUGCAAGCAAGACUGAAUCAGGAAGCCCUGGAAGAUCGCUUGGAAAGAAUUAAUAGGGAUUUGGGGUUGAUAAGAAUGACUCUGAAAAGAUUCCAUGUUUUACGGACCUCUGCCAAUCUCUGACAGUUCUCUCCUGACUGCAAAUAUACUCUUUUCCUUUUGGUUUUUUUUUUUUUGCACUAAUAUAUAAUUAUGCACUCAGUAAAUGCAAAUUGUUUUGUAUUUUUAUAAGCCCUCAAAAGUAGUUUUACAACCAUGUUACCCUUUACAAACAGCAAUAUUUUGUACUUGGAACCGCAACCUCUAUUUUAAACAUAUUUUUAUUACACCUGAGAAAUCAAUGUUUAUCCUGUAUUGUAAUAUUUUUAGAAAUAUUAAUUAUUUUUAAAUAGUGAUAUUGAAUUUAUAAUAAGAAUAAGAAACUAAAAGGCAGCUUCUUUUCAGAAAAUGAUAGUGUUACCCUUUUGCACUUGGUUUUCCUCCACCAUUUUAUAAAUAUUUAGGGUGUGAUGUAAAUACUAGCCAAGAGGAGAUUUUGAACUUUAAUACAAAAAGCAACAUGAGUUACCUGUGUUAAAGAGAACUGCUGUUCUGUGGUAAAUCCUUUCAGCUGAACCCUUUAACAUGGAUAUUUUUCAUUGUGACAGAACUGUGAGCAAUACUUUCACUAUGGCUGUGGCAGGAAAAUACUGCUCUGAAUUCCCUGAUGUCUCCAGCAGUCACAGUGAGUAGUGUUUGAUACUGUGAGUACCAGGAUUCACCUGACAGCAGCCUCCCUGUCUCCCAGUGAACAGCUCAACUCCAGCUGACUCUCCAGGACUGGAACUCCUUCCCUGAAGUUACUGGUUUCCUGUGCCAGACUGGGUUUCGUGCCAGUGUUCCCAUCGUGAACAUUUCAUGUAUUUGUGAACAGAAAUGCAUUUUUCUUGGUGAAAAAUCCAGAUUUGCCAGUUGACAUGUUGCUGCAUUACUGUCCAACAUUGAUACUUUGGUUUGUAUUUUAAUAUUAAAUAAAUGUUUAAUUAGA